GUAUGUGACGUCAUGACGUGUGUGAGCGCAUCAAAGUAUCUUUGGUCUUCAAACGGUAGAGUGAUUUGAUGAAUGCAUUGUUUUCACAAAAUCGGGUGUUUUUUAUCUUUAUACCUGGAGCGUUAUUUUCGUAUUACAGUUUUGUCGUAAACGUAAACAGUUGACCGUUAUACAUCCAACACAAUGAGCGAGCUGAGCCAGGAAGAGAUUCGGAAGAGGCGACUAGCAAGAUUGGCGGUACUUGACACGAAGGCCUCUUCAUCGUCUUCACCACCACAAUCAGCUCAGCUAGCACCGCCCUCACCAAGCAAAGCAGUGCCGUCCACCCCUCCAACACCAGGCCCAUCACAGAGUACAAGUGAACAAGUUGCAGGUGUGAACCAAGGAGCUUCAUGUUCAUCACCAUCAAAAUCUGGUAGUGCAGAACCAAAGACACCACCAGUUCUAACUACACAGAAAAGUGAUUCUCAGAGCACUGACACAUCUUCCCAGAUGGAGGUUGACGAAAUGCUACCAUGUGAAAAAAGUGCUUCUACUUCACAGAUGGAUGUAGACUCUGGCAUUGAGAACAUGGAGGUAGAAGAUUCACGUGAAGGCACAGGCCUGAGGCACCGGACAUCUAGUUCCUGUAAUGACAUAACAGAUGAUCAAGUUCAUGCUACUGUGUCAAGAGUAUUGUGUGUAUCAUGGAAGGAGAAGACUGACAAGGCCAUUUAUCUUCCUGAAACAGCAGCUGCCAUUGAAGAGGUUGACAAUAUCAAUGUCCAGGACUUAGUAAACCAGUGCAUAAUGGAAGUGUUAGUGAUAGUGUGCCAGCGUGGUGAGGAUCCAGAAAGUGAAGUGUCAGGACUAUCAACAACAGAAGGAGAGCGUGAUGGUGACUUGGCAAGUCCUGCUCCUCACACAGCAUCCAGCAGUGACAGCCCAUAUCCUCCUUCCUCACCAUUACAACAGCAGGAACGUUCAUCACCAGCUCUUCCACUGACUGAUCCCCAGGAACGUGCCCUACGUUAUCUCACCAAUUGCUACACAAGAGUAGCCACAGAGGAAAGGAAUCAUCCAAAGAGAUGCAGCUCACCACCAUUGAGUGAAGUUCUGUCAGAUCUACGAGCACAACUUGUGCAAUUUGCUGCAUUAGUCUUGCAGGGCUCUUUAGACAACUGGCCUGAGGAGAGGCCCACAAGUGCCACCUCUGGGUCAGUGGGAGGUCUGGGAGUGUCAGAAUCCCUUCUUUUGUCACCUAUUCUUUCACAGACACUGCCUCGAGGAUUCCUGCCUGAACUUGUAUCCCGAACUUAUACAUCACCAGGCCCAGGAGAUGCCUUCUCAAAGAUAUUUGGAUCCAUUCUUCAAGGGCUUUUCAUAACAAUGAAAGCCUCUUCAAUAGUUGGAAACGGCCACAGGCAACCAAUCCAGGCCUUGAGUGAUUUAUUGGAAAUAAGGUGUGGUCCAUCUGGAAAUGUGCGCCCAAUAUGCAGAUUACUCACACAACAGGUUCAGUUCCUGCCUGACUUGGUUACUCCAGCUGUUGGAAGAGAAUUGUCUCGAACAUCUUAUUUGGGACCAUUCCUGUCAGUGUCAGUCUUUGCAGAAGAUGAACCAAAAGUUGCUGAAAAAUUCUUUUCUGGAAACACAGCUGCUGACAAAUCACUGAACCACACACUACAAAUAGAAUUGGAAAAUACAAGAGUGAUAUUGCAUAAGGUAUUCCAUGAUAUACUUGUAAACAACAGUUCUCGUGAACCUACACUGUCAUAUAUAUCAACCUUGUUGCGGACCAAUGAGAAAAGAGCUCAGAUACAUGCAGAUGAACGCAUGCUUGCUGGAGAUGGUUUCAUGCUCAACCUGCUUUCUGUUUUGCAGAUGCUUGCUCUAAAGAUUAAAAUGGACAAGGUAGAUGUCUUCUACCCAUUCCACCCAUCAAGUCUAAUUGAUGUUAAAAAUGAAACAAGGUUAAAAUUUACAUCACAGGAGGCAACAAGUUGGCUGGAUGAUCUCAGCCGAUCACUGACUCAUAAAUGGCGAGAACCAAAGUUUCCAACACAGUGCUGGUUUCUGACCCUCCACUGUCAUCACUUGGCCCUGCUUCCAACAUGCCACAAGUACCAGCGCCGCAUUAGAGCUCUUCGUGAUCUGCAGAAACUGGUGGAUGAGAUGCAAGCAACAGAGCCCCAGUGGCGUGAUUUGGGAACAGCUGCACGCAACAAAGAAUUGCUGCGUCGGUGGAAGCAGCAGGUGAAGAAGUUGACACGAAGCAAAGCAUGUUCAGAUACUGGACUACUGGACGAAUCACUUGUGCGUCGCUCAUUAGUAUUCUACUCAUCUGUGGCAGAGCUACUGUUGAGUGCACUGACUGACCCAGCUGCUCCACCAGGGCAGCUGCUGCCCAGUAGUGCACCAGCUGUUUUUUCUGCUCUGCCUGAGUGGUAUGUCGAGGAUGUUGCUGAGUACCUGCUGUUUGCCCUCCAAUUUAUGCCAGGUGUCGUUGCUGACUGCAUGGAAAAUAACCUAAUCUCAUGGCUGUUGGUAGCUGUGUGUUGCCCACAAUUUAUCAGGAAUCCUUAUCUAAUAGCCAAAAUUAUUGAAGUUCUGUUCGUGAUAAAUCCUAAUGUGCAGUCAAGAACUGAAACUCUGCAUGAUCGUGUCAUGGCACAUCCUAUUUCACAAGUGCACCUGCCAUCUUGUCUAAUGAAAUUUUACACAGAUGUUGAAACUACUGGUUCCAGUUCAGAAUUUUAUGACAAAUUCACAAUACGCUAUCAUAUAAGUGUAAUCUUAAAGGGAAUGUGGGAUAACCCUUUACAUCGCCAGGCAAUUAUUAAUGAGUCAAGAUCUGGAAAACAGUUUGUAAAAUUUGUUAACAUGUUGAUGAAUGACACAACAUUUCUGUUGGAUGAAAGCUUAGAAUCGCUUAAGCGCAUUCAUGAGGUGCAGGAGCUAAUGAGCCAAGCAGAAGCAUGGAGCCAGGUACCACAUGACCAGCAACAGGCCAGACAGAGGCAGCUGUCAGCCGAUGAAAGGCAGUGCAGGUCUUACUUGACUUUGGCCAAAGAGACAGUGGAUAUGUUCCAUUAUUUGACAGUUGCCAUCAAGGAGCCAUUCUUAAGGCCAGAGCUGGUUGACCGCUUGGCAGCCAUGUUAAAUUUUAACCUGCAACAGUUGUGUGGUCCUAAGUGCAAGAAUUUGAAAGUUCGCAACCCAGAGAAGUAUGGCUGGGAGCCGCGUUGGCUUCUUAGUCAAUUAAUUGAUAUAUAUCUCCAUCUCAAUUGCGACAGUUUUGCUGCUGCUUUAGCUGGUGAUGAGCGGUCCUUCAAGAAAGAACUGUUUGAAGAUGCAGCAGCACGAAUGGAAAGACGUUCCAUUAAAACACCAACUGAGAUUGAACAAUUCAGAAACUUAGCUGACAAAGCACAUGACAUUUCAGUACAGAAUUUGAAGAAAGAAGUUGAUUACAGUGAUGCACCUGAUGAAUUUCGGGAUCCAUUGAUGGAUACAUUGAUGGAAGAUCCCGUACUGCUUCCAUCAGGGAAAGUUAUGGAUCGUGCUGUUAUAGUGCGUCACCUUCUCAAUUCAUCUACAGAUCCUUUCAGUCGGCAACCACUCUCAGAGGACAUGUUGGAACCAGCUGCUGAACUGCGGGAAAGAAUAGCAUCGUGGAAACGUGAGAAAAAGAAAUCUGCAUAAUGUGAAAAUCUUGAAGUAAGUCUGUGGUGUAUUGUCAGCAAACUUCAAGAUUCAGUGUUUUAAGAAGCCUGGGAAGGUUUGUUUUUUACUACACCAAAGUUAAGCAUUGUGUUUUACUGACUUCACAUAUAAAAUGUGAUUUGUUACACAUGUGACGAUUUCAUGGAUAUGAACAUGUUUUCAGUGUCUGUCCUGAAAUACUACCUUUCUCCAGCUGAUUUACACUUUUCCUUCAAUUUUUUAUUAGAAUGUAUAUACAUUUUAAUUAUUCUCAUUUUUUGUACAAAGUUAGAACCAUGUUUAUUGCCUUUACAUCUAAGAAUACUUCACCAGAUCACUAAAGAGCACAUAAAAUGAUUUGCGUUGGUGGGAAAAAAUAUUAAUACUUCACAAUACAUGAAUUUCAUAUUAUGAACUCAUCACACUAUCAGAGGUGUAACUUAAGCAGAAAUUGUCUUUUGAGCUUCAGUUACCCAGAGCAGAAAUGCUAUUUUUACAAAUUUAGCCAUAUUGUGUGAGGAUAUACUGUAUUUUCAAAAUUUCAGAUUAUCCAGUAGUUGUUUGUUGAGUCUCUGUCAUCACAGAAAAUAGAUAUUUUAGUAUGCGAACUUCAGCCAUGAAGUAAUUAAUUUUGGUGCAAUGUUUUUGUUUGUGGAGAGUCAAACAGUUUUUAUUUUAUUUUUUGAAGUAUACAGUUGCUCACUGUUCUUAAUAAAAACAUUUUUGUCUUUUUUGUGACUGGAAGUAUAUAACCACAAUUUGUGCUAGCCAGAACAACUGUGUGUGUGUGUGUGUGUGAGAGAGAGAGAGAGAGAGAGAGAGAGAGAGAGAGAGAGAGAGACUUGUAUAUAUACAUACAAAAGUAAGUUACUAACUUAAGAUAUUUAUCAGGAAUAACAACAAAAAGGAAAAGGUUCACAGUGAAAAGAGAGAUAUGUUUAGAAUUAUAGCUUACCUCUCAUUGGCCUUUUGUCAUAAGUUAUGGAAUAUAAUUUUGAUGUAGUAAUUGUAUAAGCUGUUGUUAUUAUUUGUUUUAUAUCUUUAAGUGUCUUGAAAAUAAUAAAUUCUACAAGAGACUUGAGUUGUUAGGGAGUAGAUGUUGUUUCUGGAAAGCAGUUUUUCUUUACUUUAGUAUAAUGUAACAAAAACAAGCAAAUUUUAUUGCUUGUAGUGUAAUGGGUGCAGUGCUCUUGGUUACAUUGAAAUGCUUCGGUUUUUUAUUUCUUGGUUUUUUUUCUUGUUAAAAAUGACUGAAAAUGUACCAGUCAUUUUUGAAUUGAUUUGCUGUAAGAAAGAGUUUAAUAGAAGUAUUUUCUUCCUUAAGCCUGUGAUAUAUUAUGGUAAUGUGAAGUUAUAAUGUUUGAACACAGGCGGUAGCAGAAGCUGAUUAUUUGAUUUUAAAUGUAACUUUGAUCUCAUUAACAAAUGUUCCUUAAAGUUUUAAAGUUGAAAUAAGAGGGCUGAAUUAGAAAUGUGUAAGAUUGAGUGCAAACAAUAUUUUUCUCCAUGUCACUGUAUAGAUUCCAAAAAUCAACAUUGUGCAGAAACAAUUUUGAUUUUGGAAAAAAAGUUAUUGUCCAUGAAAAAAUUAUUGUCCGUGAAUAAAAUUGUUGAGACAUUCAUGGCCAGUUGUUGACUUACCGCUUGUUGGCUUGUAUCUCAGGUUCUUCAGCAGCCAGUGUUUGUUUAAUGACGGCUGGAGAACUGAAGACAGAAACCAACUAGCAAAUGUUCAUACAGUAUAUGGUAGUCUCUGAAUGAUGUCUGAGUGCACACGAGGGAAAAAGAGACAUUAUGACAUGAAUCUAAAAACAAAAACCUUAUAAUUGAAAUUAGUUAAUAUAAAGAUGUAGAUGUGAAGUUGCACAUGCCUUCCAUUUGUCACUGUAUUACGAUAUCAUGAUUGUGUAGGUGGCUGUUUCAUUACCACACUCUUCAACGUUACUGCUUUGUAAGCAUUUCAUUUUAUAGGAAAGUAAUCAGAAAUCCUCACUGCCAUUCUUAAACGCUAGAUUUUUUAUAUAACGUUUUUAUUAUCUGUUAUAUAUUGUGUAAUCAUUAAGCAUACAGAGAGCAAGAGCCUCACAGAUUUAGAAUUAUAGUCAUUCUUUAUAUCAUUUACUAAUAAUAUGAUACUAUAUCUCUAUCACUUACAUCACAUAAUUGCUAUAGUGUGCCUCAUGAUAUUGGAAGGCACUUCUGCACUUCUGUGCAGAGAGAGAGAGAGAGAGAGAGAGAGAGAGAGAGAGAACUUUGAAAGGAAUGAGGUUUGCUUGUGUGUGGUGGCAGAAAGGAAGCCAAAACUUUCCGUGUUGCCCAGUUUUGUAACAACGAAUAAAAUUGUGUCACCACUGAAAUAAAGACAUAUUGCAGUCUUAAUGAGAGCAUUUAUUGCCACCCAGCUCUGUUCACAACAUACCUUGGGAGGGAGACUAAAUGUCAUUGGUUGCCAGGAGUUUGUGAAGAGAUAUGCACAGAAUUCUUCAAAACAGAAUUGCAUUUCAAUGUGAAGCACACUAUAGCCUCUGCCGUAAUUCUAAUAUCUUCAGCAUGGAUCAUUUUGUACUCACAUUUCUGUGAUAAAAAUUCAUGUGUAAUGUAAUGUUUAGAGCCAUAAGAAGCUAAUUUCUGUUUUAUGUGUCGAAGAAUGACAAGAGAAGCAGUUCAGGCAAAUUUUUAUCUUUGUCAUACAUUGCCAAACAGAAAUUAUAAAUUGGCAGAAGAUAUAACAUAAUUUGUUUUAUAAACUAUCCGGUGAAAACAGAAGAUAUUCGGCAAAAUUAAGCAGGCAGACAGUGUUCAACAACAGAUGAAUGGCAAAAUAUACUUUCAUUUUCAUGUGUACGUGUUGUCAUCGACUUUGUGCUUUAUUGUGAUUGUUGUAACUAUUGAAGACCAAAAGAGAAUAUUUUGUGAUGUUUUCAAGUUCGUAGAGGUACUGGAUGGAAUGUAUCACUAAAUACAUCUGUGAAACAGCAAGCAGUUUCUUGGAAUUACUCGUGUUCCUCUUUAUGGAUAUUACAUGUUGCAGAGAUUGCAUUAGUCUGUUUUUGUUGAAAUAUAAUUUGAUUUAGGUGUCUGUAGACAAAUGCUAAUUUCUGUUGUAAUGAAAUUCUGUAAUGUGGGUGACAAACACUGAUAAAUUGUUGAUAUAUCUUCCAUCCACUAAAAUGUAAGUCAAGUUUUUGUCUAAACAUAUUGAUUUCUUAUAUGGGAAUAUUUUGAACUUUUUAUGCUAGAUACUGUCUUGUUAAUGUACAAAUUCUGGGAAUUGUCUUUCAACUAUGAAUUUUUUAUUUAUUAACACAAUAGGUUUCUCAUGCUUGUAUAAAGAAGAAUUAUCCUUUGGUAAUAGGUAAUAAAUGACAGUGUGAAUGUCUUUUGAUUUACAGCCACAGUGAAUCAAACUUAACUUUGUUCUCUCUGCUAGGUUGUCUGUCAUACUUAUUUACAUUAUGUGUUGAAUAAAUAAGACUUGAGGUUUCAUAGAUAAUUGUAUUCCAUCAUUCUUCUCCUCAUUAGAUGGGUUGUUACAAAUAAAUGUAGUAAAUUUAUAUCCAUUUUUUUAAAAUGAGGCAUCUCUGUUAUGUGGAGAACUACAUGAUCCACCACUUACUAUAUAUAUGAAGCUACAUAUUCCAUCAUUAACUUAUUAAGUCAAGUUGGUGAUGCCUUUAGAUUUAAAGACCUCAAAUUCUUUUCUUGAAGCUCAAAAAACUAAUGGUAAUGGCACACGUACUCCACAUUGCUGCAUUGCUGUAAGUUUGCAGGAAGAUUCUGUAUGUAAUUCAGUUACACAUACCCUCUUCCACAUUAUGUGUUAUUUACAGUGUGAUUUUGAAUUUGUUUUGUGGCUAUUGUUUCUUCAUACCAUCUGUAUGUUUGCAAAUAGCCACUCAAAUUUUUUGCUUCAGUUAACAGUCAUUGUUUAUGAACAACGUAUGUUGCCCUUUGUGCCUGCCAGCCACUAUCAGUCGUGUAUUUUUCAACUGUAACAGCAUAUCUUAACAAUGUUGUUAGAAUUAUUUAUUCUGAUGUGCAAAAUAAAAUAUCAAGAGAAGUUAUGCAGAGAAAUGAAGAUUUGAAAUCAUUCAGUAUUUAGCUGGUGGUGGAAUGAUGAAAAAUUUUUCUUGGGAUGUAGCAUGUGUCAGAUAAAUGUCCAGGAAAAAUUUACCAUAUGACUUUUCAAAUACAAAUUAUGUUGUAAUGUGCAUAUAACAGAAAGUCUGCCCCUUAAUAAUCUUCAGGAGGCAAGAUUGCAGUACUGUCGACACACACACACACACACACACACACACACACACACUCACUCACUCACUCACACUUAGUGUGAGAAUCUGCUAAUGUGUACAAACACAGAAAUUUGUCUACAGUUGUGAGACUUCAAAUGCCCAGAUUUAAUAUUUUUAUUUUGUUUAUUAUUUCACUACUGAGAUGUUUGCCAUGUAUCAGAAUAUUAUUUUUCUACUGUAAUUCAGUGUGUAGUGGAAAACAAGUAUAAUUUGCUUAUAUUUUUAAUCCACUUGUGUUUUCUAACCUUGUUAUGGAACUUUGGUAUUAGGUCUGCCUGUCCACUCAUGACAAUUGAGCAGCCACAAUUUUAUUUGAAAAUACCCCAUUCAAAUACUCCAUCUUUAAUAUUUUAGUACCACUGCAGUGAGGAUCAAAAUCUAUGACUGUAUUUGAAUUGAAAUAGAAUGUGUUAUGUAGGAUAAAAAGUAAAUAAUUUUAGCUAGCUAAGAAAUGUUGGAUGUAUGGAUAUACUGCCGGGAAAGACUUCCAAACAUUUUUUUUUUAUUAUUAGUUUGUAAAUGCUACUGAUAAAGAAUGAUUCUACUUCUUUACCUCUGUGGUUUUUAUAUUCCAUUGUAGUGUUGUGAUUAUCAGCAACAGUUUUGCUGUUUUCUUGAAUGAAAAUUGAGCAGCCACAAUUUGAUCCCCUUCCUUUCAAAUACUCCAUCUCUAAUGUUUUAGUAUUGCUGCAGCGAAGACCGAAGUGUAUAACUGUAUUUGAAGUUACAUUUCAUUUUAUUUUCACCAGGAGAAUAGAAUAAAAUAGUGAACAUUAAGCAAUAAUCUUGACACGAUAGUCGACUGCUUGUGUCUACUUUCCUUUCUGUUCUUCUUUUCGGCUAAAAGUAUAAUGACCUCAUCCCAAUUUUGUAUACCAAGUUAGGUUUCAUGGUAGAUCUUCCAACCCAAACAAACGAUGGACAUUAUUUUUCAAGUGAAAUAUUUGUUUCAAGUAUUAAAUUCUUUAUUUUUCCCAUAUGUCAGAUUUUAUGUCUGUAAUGUUUUAAUGGAAAACAUUAUCAUAGAUCUAGGUUCAUUCACAUGUUUAACCAAACUGUUGUGUGUUCAUGAAUGUAUUAGUAGUAACAUCUUACAAAUGUUGAUGAAAACACUUUAUGAGGACAACCCUCAGGUACUGAAAUGAUAGCUACACUCAGUGUUAAAAAGAAAGACAGUAUUGUUAGUUUAUUUAAUGUAUACAAUUAAUUUUUGCAUUUUGGAUGUAUCAUGAAAACUGUUGCGCACUUGCAAUAGUCAGCGAAAUAUAAUGUGUGUGUUAAAAGUAAAAUUUAUAAAUUUGUAAUUUUUUACAGGUGUGUGAUGCAAAAUAACAGAAAAUUUAAUGACAAACUUGUUACACAAUUGUCAUUCCAAUCAUGAUGAUUCAUGUUGCAAGGCGCUAGUAAUUAUAAUAUUUAAACAAAAACUGUGGUUUUUGGAUUGUUUAAUACAGUGAUAAAACUACCAUUUUAUAAGUGCUGUAAGAAAACCUAUUGACAGGAGUGGCACAACCAACAGGCAUUAUAAACUAAGUUUAUUUGCCAGCGUGUGUUAAAACAUUUUGCUGUUAGCAAGCACCAUGUUGUAGAAAGAUGUAUGUAUUCAGUUGGGAACAGAAAAAAUAUAAAUCAGUGACAACUUGUAAUCUAAUACAAAAAGGUGUGUGCAAAAUCAUUUUGAUACAAAAUAAAAGCCACUGAAAAAAAAAAAAACAUCAUCAUUUAAGUUGCACUAUUUUAUUGGGGCUAUACAUUAAUAACACAGUGUUACAAAUGUAUGAGGUAUAUUUUCUAACAGUGACAGAAUAUUUGCACUGCAGGAGUUAGUGUCGGAAACUGAUAUAUCAUAUUUUUGUGUGUGUGUGUGUGUGUGUGUGUGUGUGUGUGUGUGUGUGUGUGUGUCAGCCAUUGUUAAUACCUGUUGUACAGAUUUGUGAGCUUAAUAUAUAUUUCAGUUGUGCUCUACAGUCACAGUGUCUGGUGAAUUGCAUUCUUAAAGCAUGUGAAGAGAUCAAAAGUGUAUGUUUUUGACUGUUGAUAACACUUUGUUUAAAGUGUCAAUAAAACAAUAAACUGUGAAAUAAUAAAA